AUGUUUCCUUCAAAAAAUGGAAGAGAUGAAUUUCACAAAGAUGUGAAAAUGAAUUCCCUGGAGGGAUACUGGGCCUAUUUGGUAAACUGCUCUCAGUCUCUGAUACUGGAUCAUGGCUACUGGACAUCAGAGAGCGAGAAAGACCUGAAGGACAUUUUGAUGGUCAGAUUGAGCAGUUUGCUUUUAAAGAGUCUGGAUCAGAUUGGAUCUUGCAGAGCACUGCGAAUUUGCAUCUUGGCUGACAACUUUCUGACUAGGAUCGAAGCUCUGAUGGAAUGCACUCGCUUGGUGAAGUUAGAUCUGAAAGGAAAUCAGAUUGUUCAGCUCCCUGAUGCUUCAUGUUGGAGUAAUCUGAAAGAAUUGCAACUUCUAUAUCUACACGACAACAACAUGUCAACCAGGAACAAUAUUAAAGGCCUGUCUGGCUGUUUAAACCUGACUGCUUUAACUCUCUAUGACACCCCGCUCAGUUUAAAGAAGAGCUAUAGGCACUGUCUGGUCAACAGCAUAUGGUCACUGAAGGCCUUGGACAACUUUGUUAUCUCUGAUGAGGAAAUCAUACAAAACUGGUCUCUUCCUAUUCAAUUCAAAGCCAUGAAUCAACACUUUUGUGUCAGUUUGUACCCAUCUACAAAGUCGGAUUCGUUUGAGAUAGAGAUGAAAGCGACAUAUAAAAUAAUCUCCGAUAUAAACAGGAUUCAAGCCGUUUAUUCCCCUACACUUAUUAUACAGCGCUGGAUUCGAGGCCAUUUAAUUAGAAAAAGUCUUGGGCUUUGCAGUACAAAGAAACGGAUAACGUCUGAGAAACCAUUCAUUUCCAUGCCUUUGAGCACAGAAAAUGACCAGGUACAAUCCCAGUCUCAGAAAACCAUGGAGGAGGACACAGAUGACCACCCUGAACAACCAAAGGAAAAUGAAGAGAGAGAUACAGAGAUCCAAACACUUCAUGUGAACCUCGAUAAGCUGAUGCAAACUGACUACCCAGAGGUUUUACAGGAUGCUGCAAGUGUUAAAUCAAAUGACAGUCAACAAGACAUAAAAGCGCCAUGCAACACCCCUCAGUGCAGUCUAAGUCUGAAAUCUGAGGCCCUUCUAAACACAUUUGACCAAGAUAUCAGUGUGACUGUUGAUCUCUAUAAUAACGAAAUUGAAGAAGGAACCUUUCGUGUUUUGGGACUAAAAGCUUUGGUCCACCAGAGUGAGCCACUGAGUGACAUGUUGUGGUCCCGUAAAGCUGCAGGACAGGACGUCCGUGAGGCCAUCAACCGGUUUCACACUCAGAGACCAGGUCUACAGCCGCACUCUUCUGCCAUUACUUCGGGGAAGCGUCUGAUUGGUUGUUGCAAUGACAAAAUCAGCCUCACCCCCUUCAAAGUUAUUGAAAGAGUCCAUCAAGCGUUUGAUAAAGCCAGAAUGCAGAGACACCUUGCAGAGAAGGUAACUGAGCGCCAGAUUGACCGCGAAGUAGCCAAGGGUCACCGAGACAACUUUAGAGGUGCUCGCAGGACAGAAGUGCGUCUGCGGCAGGAGCAGGAAAGGGUGGAUAUGGAGAAAACUCUUACUCUACAGAGAGCCAAGCUGGAGCAGGACAUCCAUCAUGCACGUCAGAAACAUGCCCGGUUUUUGGAAGAGAAGAGCAUGAGGAUCCAGGAGCAAGAGAUGGUUUGCAGUUUCAGCCAACAGCACAACUCUCUAGCGAGGGCCGUGCUUAGAUACCACACAUGGAAACGUGGUAACCAGCAAUAA